AUGUUUGAAAGCCUACAAUUUCUAACUCAAGGGUGGAUUUUGACAAUCCUUUCGUCGUCGCUAUGCGUCCUAGGGACCUUGAUUAUAUACUUUGAUGACUUAUACUACUUGAUCUUCCCCAAGUUCAUCACAUCAAGAUACAAGUUCCAAUUGAAGGAAAACUAUUCAUUUCUAAAUGGCUCACUAGCACUUAGUUCGGGGUGUUUGAUUCUUACGGCAUUAUACAGGCUACUCCCAGAAGCGUCAAAGUAUUUGUCUAUGCUGAACCAAGAGGCAAAUGCCGAAUAUUUGACUAAACGAUGGCAACAAAUUUACUUGAUGAGUAGUUAUUUUGGUGGGAUAUUGAUUUGCGCAAGUUUCAACUUCGCCUUGCAUUUAUUGACUAGUGAAAGUGUUGUCCACUGUAACCAUGGAAAUACAGUGAAGGAGGAACAAGAUCAUGGGAUGCGAGAGGUUGGCCACAAUCAUUCACAUAGUCAUCAGCAUUCGCAUGCCAAUUUCGAGGCUGAUGCCAACUCCGCCAAGUCCAGCAAUAAUAGAGAUGAGAAUGCAGUGCAAGACUUUGUUGUUGAUGAGAGACCAGUAGAGGUGCAAGUACACGAAACUGAGACUACUCCGCUUAUACGCGCAACCGUGAAAUCGAAAAAGCUGUUUAUUCAGCUUUUCUUAAACGAUGAGGUUGCAGGAGAAUGCAAGGGGUAUACAUCUGCUGAACUAUGCACGUACCACCACCAUGAACAUGAGCGUGGAAAGGAUAGGUUGCAUUUUUGUGAAAUUCCACAAUUGAGAAGAGAAGAGGAGGACCAAGAGGAGGAGGAAGAAGGAGAAGAUUCACGCGGGCACUCACAUUCCCAUUCCCAUUCACAUCCGCACUCGCACUCGCACUCGCACUCGCACUCGCAAGAUGGAAGUAGGACACCUCAUCGGGAACCCACUUUGUACCUGAACCAACUGCAUCACCUGCAUGAAGUGGAUCACCACCACCAUGUCAAUUCUCCGCUUUCACGGUUAUUCUUGAUUGGUGUUGAGACAGCUUUGGCUAUUACAUUGCACAAGCUACCAGAAGGUUUUAUCACGUACGUUACCUCGGAGACCAACCCCAAACUAGGAUUUUCAAUCUUUGUUAGUUUGAUAUUGCACAAUUACACGGAAGGAUUUUCAAUGUGCCUUCCUUUGUUCUACGCCAUGUCUACUACGAAGUAUGCCAAACUUAAAGCUGUUUCAAUUAGCGCACUUUUAGGUGGUAUUUCACAACCUUUAGGAGCUCUCCUUGGGUACGUGUUUCUCAAGAUCAAUUCCCACAAGUAUGAUUUACAAGCCUUACAUUUUAUAUUUGGAAUCACAAUGGCUGUGACGAGUGGGUUUUUGACUGUUGUUGCGUUGACGAUGUUUGGUAGUGCUGUGGCAUUUGGAGGAAAUAUGAACUUUGUGAUAUCAUGGUGUAUUGUGGGCAUAAUGUUGAUUGGAUUAUCAACUGUGUUUUCUAGUUAG